CUCGCUGACCAUACUGCGGUCGGUGCUGGUGCCCCUUCUUAGGUCCACUGUCCUGGGGCUCAGGACGGCUCACCCACCCCGCCCUCCGGCACCCCUCCCCAGCUCUCGGCUCGUUCCACUGACAGGUGGAGAAAUAGGAAGCCACAGCGCCCCAGGCUCUAGUGAGGACAGACCCCUGACUGUCCCCGGACUGGGCGUCACAGGGCGGGGCCCCGGGAUGGGCACUUUUGAAGAGGAGGGCAGGGCCUUGCGUGGGUUACCCUCGUGCGUUGAGGUGCAUGCAGGGUGUUUAGGACCCAGGGGAAGACCGGGGGCGGCUCCCUGGACAGAGGGAGAUUUCGGCUCCCCCCGCAGCCCCCCUCCGCCGCCGGGUGAGCGGCUCAGAUGUCCCGGUAGUCGCGGCUCUGGCGCUCCGCACCCUCCGUCUGCGGCAGCGGGGGCUGGCGGUCCCGGCCCCUGCCCGGCCCCCUCCCCCAACCUCAUGCCUCAGCCCUAACCCCGCCGCCCUCCCCUGCGGGGGGCAUUUCUCCGUGUCCCCCGCCCACUCCGUCCACUUCGGGCGCCAUGAACGACCAGUACCACCGGGCAGCCCGGGAUGGCUACCUGGAGCUCCUCAAGGAGGCCACCCGGAAGGAGCUGAAUGCCCCCGAUGAGGAUGGCAUGACCCCAACUCUCUGGGCUGCCUACCACGGCCACCUGGAGUCGCUGCGCCUCAUUGUGAGCCGCGGGGGUGACCCGGACAAGUGUGACAUCUGGGGCAACACACCCCUGCAUCUGGCAGCUUCCAAUGGCCACUUGCACUGCCUGUCCUUCCUGGUGUCCUUCGGGGCCAACAUCUGGUGCCUAGACAACGACUACCACACGCCGCUGGACAUGGCUGCCAUGAAGGGCCACAUGGAAUGCGUGCGCUACCUGGACUCCAUCGCGGCCAAGCAGAGCAGCCUCAACCCCAAGCUAGUGGGUAAGCUGAAGGACAAGGCCUUCCGCGAGGCGGAGCGGCGCAUCCGCGAGUGCGCCAAGCUGCAGCGCAAGCACCACGAACGCAUGGAGCGGCGCUACCGGCGCGAGCUGGCCGAGCGCUCCGACACCCUCAGUUUCUCCAGCCUCACGUCCAGCACCCUGAGCCGCCGGCUGCAGCACCUGGCGCUGGGCAGCCACCUGCCGUACUCGCAGGCCACGCUGCACGGCACGGCCAGGGGCAAGACCAAGAUGCAGAAGAAGCUGGAGCGGCGCAAGCAGGGCGGCGAAGGCACUUUCAAAGUCUCCGAGGAUGGGCGCAAGAGCGCCCGCUCGCUCUCGGGCCUGCAGCUGGGCAACGACGUGAUGUUCGUGCGCCAGGGCACCUACGCCAAUCCCAAGGAGUGGGGCCGAGCCCCGCUCCGGGACAUGUUCCUCUCGGACGAGGACAGCGUCUCCCGUGCCACGCUGGCAGCCGAGCCUGCCCACUCGGAGGUCAGCACCGACUCAGGCCACGACUCCCUCUUUACCCGCCCCGGCCUGGGCACCAUGGUGUUCCGCAGAAAUUACUUGAGCAGUGGGCUGCACGGACUGGGCCGCGAGGAUGGGGGGCUGGACGGGAUGGGAGCGCCUCGGGGUCGGCUGCAGAGCUCCCCUAGCCUGGACGAUGACAGCCUGGGCAGUGCCAACAGCCUGCAGGACCGCAGCUGUGGGGAGGAGCUGCCCUGGGACGAGUUGGACUUAGGCUUGGACGAGGACCUGGAGCCCGAGACCGGCCCGCUGGAGACCUUUCUGGCCUCUCUGCACAUGGAGGACUUUGCCGCCCUCCUGCGGCAGGAGAAGAUUGACCUCGAGGCUCUGAUGCUAUGUUCUGACCUCGACCUCCGCAGCAUCAGCGUCCCCCUGGGGCCCCGAAAGAAGAUCUUGGGGGCCGUGAGGAGGCGGCGGCAGGCGAUGGAGCGCCCACCGGCCCUGGAGGACACAGAGCUAUAACGGGGGGCUCCUCUCCCCAGACCAAAAUGAAUUGCAAGUUGCCACAACCUGUGGUGGGGCCUCAAGGUCCUCACAGUCGCCAGUCCUGCAGCCCCCUUCCCCAGGAGCAAGGACCACGUGGGUCGACUCCUUUGAAAGGCUGUCCACACCUUGAAGCAGAGGGUGUAGCCUGGAGGCACCAGAGGGGCAAGAGAAUGUCCCCUCCAGUUCUGAGGGGUCACAAAGGCCCUGAGCCACCCAUUCUGAGCAGCCCUAAAGGACAUGUAGACUUGGGGGAGGCUUACCCCAGAGGGAGGGCAGGGGCAUGGAACUGGAUGGGAGUGUGGGAGGUGAAUGCCGGAGGGCAUGCCUGUCCCGGGCCCCUCCCCUGAUGGUCUUGUUCUCUUGUGCUCAGGCCGGAGACUUGCUCACUUCCUGCAUUUUUGUGAAGGGAAGAGUUUGGGCUGCCUCCCCUCUUCCAGUCCACCCCAGAGGGGAAGUUCCUCAGCCAGACUCUUCAGCCAAAUGCCCCAACUUUCAGUCUGCACCCAUUCCAAGCACAGCCAGCAUCCCCUCCUUCAGCCAGUGGCCAAGGCCCGGAGCUGGAGAGCCAGGCUGGGGGUACUGACGCCCUUCCCAGCUCAUCCAGGGAUGGAGCCUGGCCUGUCUUCCUCCAGCCUCCCGCUUUUUCAUUGUGCAGCCUGGCCCCGCCAGGGACCCCAGAGGGCCAGGGCACUAGAUGCAAGGUGCUAGACCAACAGGCUGCAGUGUUAUAGCCCCCAGGCCUGGCAGGCAUGCGCUGGGCCAGAGAAAGGUGUCUGCCAACCUCCUCAGUCUCCCAGGCCUGGGACAGGCAGAACAGGGUGUGGCUGGGUGUUGGGCCUGGGUUGGGUAAGUCCUGCGAUAUGGACACUGGAGAAAGUGGAUAAUCUAAACUGCAGAUUAUCCCCAGGUCACCAGGGCUGUGUGUGUGCGUGUAUGCAUGUGUGUGCGUGCAUGUGUGUGUACGUGUGUGGUGUGUGUGUGCUUGUGUGUGUGUUCUUGCGUACGUGUGCACGCACAUGCAUGUGUGUGUGCGUGCAUGUGUGCGCACGUGUUUGUGUUUAUGCAUGUGUGUGCAUGUGUGCGCGUGUUUGUGUGUGUUUAUGCAUGUGUGUGCAUGCGUGCACAUGUGUGUGUGUUUAUGCGUGUGUGUGUGCAUGCGUGCGUGUGUGCGCGCUCACCUUGGGUGUUGUUUGGUAAGUUUCCCUCUUUACCAAAGAGGGGCUGGGCUGCUGGAUCGGGGCUAAGGGAGAGCUCGCCUGUGUCCCAGCCCUGUGAUGGUGAGACCAGGGGAAAGGCCAGCUCAGAGGGUGGUCAGAGCAUGUGUCCUCAGACAUGUGCCCCCAGAGCUCUCCAGCCAGACCGAGGUCACAGAUAUGGGAGAGUCCCUCAGGAGCCCGCUGACAUGUGUGUGCCCCUUCGCACCCCAUGCAGAGGUGCUCUCCUCCUUCCUCAGCCAUGGCCCCCCAUCCCUGACCUCAGCUUGGGAAGCAGCUCCUGCUGGGAGCAUGGCCACAGUCCCCAGCUCCUCCCGGGGCCCCCUUGGCUGGGGUAGGGGAAAGAGAGCCCUCAAAGGCCUCUUUUUGGUCUGUCCGGGGGUUCCCAUUCCCAUAUACAUGCCCAGAGUGGGGGCAUGGAGGAGAUGGUCCCUGUCCUAUUGCAGGACACUGAGGGCUUGGCUGCCUGCCACUGCUAUCUGGAGCCCACCGCAGUGCUUCUCCCUGUUCUCUGGGCCUGAGCCUGGGGCCACCCCCAAGUGCCGACUUGUUUUUCCCAGAGCCCCAGGUGCUGCCCCUUCUCUCCCAUUCCUUGUCCAUUUACUGCCGCAGCCCCUCCUGAUUCUAGCCAGUGCUGGGGUGGAGCAGGCUCUGUGUGCCCACCACUGUAGCCCGAAUCCCUCCUGCAGGCUCAUUACCACUUUUGUAGAGAAUGUUCUCCACCAGUGUCA